UCACAACUAUCGAUAAGGCGCUUGUGUUUUGGUGGUCGACUUAAGUCUAAAGAAUAGUUCCGUUAGAACCGAGAAAAAGAGCAAAAGCAUUAAAAGAAAAAUACUUCAAAAUUGCAGUUUUGUUUUCGUCAUUAAAUAUGGAAUUGCGCAGUCAAACUCACAAAAAAUUAGUAGACUUCCUUAAAAGCGCUGGCGUUUACGAAGCUGAUAUGGAUAUUGAGGAAAUGCACGAAAUGGCUAGGGUCUUGGAAAGGUCGACCGAAAUCGAACCGGAGGAUCAACAACUGGAGAGAGCUUUGCUGGCGAGCGAGUUGGAGUUUUUGUCCUCGCAGCCAAGUGCCUUACACAACUCGACGAUGAUCUUAUCUCCUCAACCGUUGAGAAGAAAUUCCUUAUAUUUUGACAGUCCGCCCAAUUUGCCAGUCCGCUUGACUGUUCGGGCUUUAGUUCAUGCUCCGAUGGACUGGAGUCCUACGACGGAAAGACGAAAUCCCAACCGUAAGAGGAGUGUUGGGAAUAACAGCCACAUCUUCGAAUCGAAUAGCAAGCGUACCAGACAAUCAGUGGACCUGAAUGGACUGGAUCAGGAGGAGCAACCCCACAAUCCCGAUGCUACUCCCGUUUCCCUGGUCCAGGGCGAUUCAGGCGUAAGCUGGGAUAAUGCAUCUGUAUCCAGCGUCAGUGACACUAGCUCUCUUUUAUCAAUUGGCGAAAUGCCCGAUCGCCACUUGGUCAGCACCAGCAGCGUCGCUGUCUCCGAUUUCUCAGAAAUUAUUGAGCAUAACGAUGAAUAGGAUGUUCCUGCCAUUAUUUUGUGGUAACAGCAUACGCCCUUCUACAAUUUGGAAAUACGAUUUUUGUAACCUUAAAAAUGUCUUAUAAAGAAAUAUUAAAUAUGUAACGUUAUCUAUGUAUGUAUGACUUGAACCCAUUAUUAAAAACCUCGCAUGUUUAAUCCAA